AAGACUUGACAUUUGGUUGACAUUAUAGAGCUUAUCGUUUAACUGAGUGAGUGCUGUGUUUUAGAUGUGCCUUGCGGUUUCGUAUAUUGAGAAUUCAAAGGAGCGAGUACUUAGAAAUUGGAAUAUGUCGGGCCAGUUUCCCGGAAAUUAUAACAACCCAGUUGGGGGCCAUAUAGGAAAUUUCGGUAAUCAAAUGAUAAAUAUGAACAUCGUCCAAAAUCAGUCUGGCAUGGUAGGAUGGGAUCCUCAAACACUAAUGGCACAAAAACGUCAUGGUCAACUCCAAGGGGCGAAUAUGGGAUUGGGGACUACAGGUAUAGGACAUGGAGCAGCCGGUAUGCACAGCCCAUCUAACGCCCAGCAACAAACGAACCCUCAGGCUCUCGCGCAGCAACAUCAAAUACAACAGCAGCAACCGCAAUUAACACUACAAACCCCGUCAACACCCAGUACUGGUGCGUCCAUGGGUGUGCCAGCUACGAUGCAACCAACCCCUCAGCAACAAGGCAUGCUGUCAUCUGGUCAGAAGGAAAUUAACCCCAUCAAUUUGACUCGACUUGGACAAGAAACUGUUCAAGAUAUUACUAUGCGUUUCCAAGAGAUAUUUUCUGCUUUGAAAACUAUACAGCCGACAUCAGGAAACCGGGAAAACAGCACAGAGAAAAAAGUACAAGAGUAUUUCCGAACAAUUCGGUUGUUAUUCAAACGUAUUCGUAUAAUUUAUGAAAAGAGCAAUGAUGGGUGUUCCCAAGGUAUGGAAUUCACACAUGUCGAGAGCUUAAUCCCAUAUAAAGAUGAGCCUGAUCAUCGCACGGAUACUUCCCAAUGUGAGGAAUAUAAGAAAGCAUUACAAGAGAAUCGCGAAUUGAUUGAAACAGUAAUGCUUAAAAAUAAACAAUUGCGUGAAAUUAUUGAUAGAACUAGGAUAAUAAUCUGGGAAAUCAAUACCAUGUUAAGUAUGCGUAGAUCCUAAAAUGUAUGAAAUAAACUAGGUACACUAAUCAAUAAGAAGUU